AUGACGAGCAUUUAUACAUCAGACAUAAAGCAUCAUAGAAAGGCGCCUCCACCACCGUCCACGUCUAAUACGUUCAGGAGCAACAGCAGUAGCUCUGCUAGCAGUUCCAGUAAUGAUAAACAGUCGAUCAAGUUGAAUAUAAACUCUAAUAAGAGACAAUCGGGAUGGGUACAUAUUAAGGACGAUGGGAUUUUCACGUCUUUCCGGUGGAAUAAGCGAUUCAUGAUUAUAAACGAUAAGACGUUAAAUUUCUACAAGAAUGAGCCAACCAAUUUGCAUUCGUUCAAUGUACCGGACUCCAACCUGGUCAAUUCGAACAGUCCUGAUUUGUCGUUUCCGUUGAACUUGAUCAGCAGUAUAAACUUAAAGCCCAACUCGGGGUAUACUAAGGCGUCGCAGACAUUUGAGAUUGUGCCUAAAAACAGUGGGAAAUCGAUGUUGAUUUCUAUAAAAUCUAACAAUGACUAUUUGGACUGGUUAGACGCGUUUACCACUAAGUGUCCGUUGAUCAACAUUGGAAAUGAGAAUUCUGCCAACUCGGCCAUAAUCAAUGGUAAUACGGGAGUCUCGAACCCAAUAAACUUCACACAUAAAGUUCAUGUUGGUUUUGAUCCAGCGAGUGGUAAUUUCACUGGUUUACCAGACACCUGGAAAAAUUUGUUGCAACAUUCGAAGAUCACGAACGAGGACUGGAAGAAAAAUCCAGUAGCAGUUAUUGAAGUACUUGAAUUUUAUUCCGAUAUUAACGGGGGCUCGCCUGGUCUGACUCCAAUUAAUCUGCCUUCGAUCAAUAAUAAUAGCAAUAAAAAUGAUAGCUCAAGUAGUUUACAAGAAUGGACUAAGCAUCCUUCCAAACAAUUACAAUCAGCUCAACCGCAACAACCGGCGCAAUUCAAACCCAGUAGAGCAGCUCCGAAGCCUCCAGUUCCGUAUCAUUUAACUCAACAAAAGCCGCAAAGUAAUGUAUCCCCAUUAAACAAUUUAUUGCAGAAUUCUGAAAAGGCUGAUACAAAGAGGGAUUCGCAAAAUGACUUAAUACCUAUCAGAAGAGCGCCACCUCCUCCAACUUCAAAUAAGCUCAACCUCAAUCCUGAUAAAAACAAUAGUGCUCCUAACUUACCUGCCGGUCUAGGUAUAUCAGGUUCUUCAAAUUCAAUUCCAAAGCAAUUACCCCCUUAUUUGCCAAAGCAGAAGGAUUUAAAAAUUCAAACUCCAUCUACUGGUCUCAAUAAAUAUCCAUCUCCUCCUUCGAGCGCGCCAGCAGCGGGUCCAAGUUAUAUCAAGCCAUUUGGAUUAACGUCAAAACAAUCACAAUACCUGCAGCAACAAUCGCAACUGUCUCAUCAAGAACAACAAUCCCCUAAAAAUGCUGGCCCAAAGGAUAUUACCUCUCCACAGAAGCCUGAAGAGACUCCAAUCAAACCACUUCAACCUCGUCCUCAAAAACCUCAACAGCAACCGGACCAACCACAACUGCAGGUCAAAAAGGUCGCUUCUCCACAAAUGGGGCAAGGUAAAAUCAAGACUGCAAAACAGAUCAAGAAGGAACGUGAAAAGUUAAAUGAGAUGCAAAUUAUUGCUAAAUUAAAAUCUGUUGUUAAUAAUAAUGACCCAACUCCAUUAUUCAAGAUAAUUGAAAAAGCAGGACAAGGUGCAUCAGGCGCAGUUUAUUUAGCAGAAACUAAAAGCACAGGUAACAAGGUUGCUAUUAAACAAAUGGAUAUGAAUGUUCAACCAAGAAAAGAAUUGAUUAUUAAUGAAAUAUUGGUCAUGAAAGACUCACAACAUAAGAACAUUGUGAACUUCUUAGAUUCAUAUUUAAGAGGUUCAUCCGAUUUGUGGGUUAUCAUGGAAUAUAUGGAAGGUGGCUCCUUGACAGAAAUUAUUGAAAACAAUGAGUUCAAAUUAUCAGAAAAGCAAAUUGCCACGAUAUGUUUCGAAACAUUAAAAGGUUUACAACAUUUACAUAAAAAGCAUAUCAUUCAUAGAGAUAUAAAAUCCGAUAACGUUUUGUUGGAUGCGAAGGGUAAUGUUAAAAUAACUGAUUUCGGAUUCUGCGCCAAGUUAACUGAUCAAAGGAAUAAAAGAGCGACAAUGGUUGGUACUCCAUACUGGAUGGCCCCUGAAGUGGUCAAACAGAAAGAAUACGAUGCCAAGGUUGAUGUUUGGUCAUUGGGUAUUAUGACCAUUGAAAUGAUUGAAGGUGAACCUCCAUACUUGAAUGAAGAACCAUUAAAAGCUUUAUAUUUAAUUGCAACAAACGGUACACCAAAAUUAAAGAAGCCCGAAUUAUUAUCCAAUUCGAUUAAGAAGUUUUUAUCUAUUUGCUUAUGUGUAGAUGUUAGAUAUAGGGCACUGACAGAUGAGUUAAUUGAGCAUUCAUUCAUUCAACAUAAAUCAACUGAUGUUGAAGUAUUGGCACCUUUGUUAGAAUGGAAGAAAAACCCUCGUCCAGACUAUAGCGAUGAAGAAGAUUAA